AUGCCAGAUGUAGGGUUCAGCCCUCUAAGUGCUGAGCUUCCACACUUCCGCUUAUUUCGCCUGGGGCAGGUUCCGCGUUGGGACGUCAGCUGUAUUUCGCCUCCAGGCUUGGUGCCCCAAGGUCUUAGGAUGCAUUCUGCCAGGAUCCCCCUUCCAGCGGAGUGCGCGAAGCUGGAGGCCAAAGGCCAGCGAAGUCUCAGGAGCGCACAAGUCGGGCUGGCGCCGUCGCUGCUGCUGCUGCUGCUGCUGCUGUCUGAGCUGGUGCCAGAGCGCGCAGCAGAGAGUCCAUGGGGGCUGCCAGUGAUAGCGGAUGGCCCAGCUUCCUUAGCAAAGGUGGUGAUGGCAGAACUGUCCAGCUUGAAGUUUGAAGAAAAAACAUGGCCUGGAGGGACCCAUUCACUUCACUACCACUACCUAACCCUGUCAGAGCCAGGCCCAGGCCUCCCCAAGUUUCUGGCUGUGGGCUAUGUGGACGACCAGCCCUUCAUCCGGUAUGACAGUCGCAGAGGGAAGGCUGAGCCUCAGGCCCCGUGGAUGGCACUAGUGGAUCCCCAGUACUGGGAGACAGAAACCCAGAAACAGAGGGCCUGGGAGAAGGUGCAGCAGGUGGAGAUGUGGACAGUGAUGGGCUACCACAAUCAGAGUGGCGGUACACACAGUGCUCAGCGCAUGUUUGGCUGUGAGAUCCGGGAAGAUGGCAGGUCCAGCAGCUUCUGGCAAUUUGGCUUCGAUGGACAGGACCACCUGUCUCUGGACCUAGAGACACUGAGCUGGGUGUCAGCAGAGCCAGUGGCUGUGCGGACCAAGCGCUGGUGGGAGAUGGAGCGCUGCUAUGCAGAGUAUGACAAGGCCUACCUGGAAAACCUCUGCCUCAUCUCCCUGCACAGGUAUCUGGAACUGGGAAGCCAGAGCCUCACGCGGAUAGAGCCUCCCAUGGUGCAGGUGACAAAGCACACCACCCAGGAUGGGACCAUGCUGAGAUGCUGGGCCUUGGGCUUCUACCCACCAGACAUCUCACUGAGCUGGUGGCUGGGUAGGAAGGAGCUGGUCCUGGAGACUGAGCAUGUGGAGACACGCCCCAGUGGGGAUGGCACUUAUCAGACAUGGACAUCAGUUCGGGUGCCAGCUGGGAAGGAGGCCUGGUAUACCUGCCACGUGCAGCACCCUGGCCUGAAGCACACACUCACUGUGGCAUGGGACUCAUCCUCUAUUGGCAAUGUCAAUGGCAAUGGCAUACUACCUGGUGGGAUCACGGUCCUGGUCUUUGUUGGGCUAGUAGCUGUAAUUGUGAUACUGAAAAAGAAGUGUCUUCAAGGUGGAGAAGAUAAUCUUAACUCCCAAAGCCCAGGAAGGACAGAAGCUGCUCAGACUUUCUGCUGAUUAAAAUUCCCCAUUACAAAAUCAAGGAAGUAUUUUGUAGGGGCAUUUUGGGUCUCCUAGAGAAACCCUAAACUAACUGGCUGAUAGCUGUGAUCUGACCACAAAGAGUCCAUCCUAUCUUCUUAUUUCUACCAGCCUCCUUAUACAUGAUAUGUGCAACUGAUAUGGUUUUUCCAUUCCUGAAGUCCUUCUAAAAAAAUCCAAUCAUUUCAGGGCUCAGGAUGUAGUUUAAUUGUAGAACACACCUGUCAUUCCAGCUACUGGUAAUGCCAACUACUCAGGAGGCUGAGAUAGGAAGAUCAUAAUUUCAAGGUCAGACUGUACACCUUAGUGAGAUCCUGUCUCAAAAUAAUUUUUAAGAAGGGCUGAGGAUAUAGCUCAGUGGUAGAGCACUUGCCUCGUGUGCACAAGGCCCUGGGUUCAAUCUCAAGUUCCAAGAAAACAAAAACAGUUACCGUCUCAUAGGCUAUGUGAUAUGCAAGGGGCUGGUGGGUUGGAAUGGAGAGGAAGCCAGGGACCCGGGCAAGUAAGUGUUCCACUGUUGUGGGGUUGUUGGAUUUCAGUGGAUAAUGGACUCAUGGAGGAGCCUCCUCUGCCUCUUCAUCAUGUUCGUCCUCUAGCUAGGAGCCUACCAGAUCCACAGGACCCAUGACAGAGCCUUCUUACAGGAACUUCUGAAACUUCUGUGUUCUACUUCUCUGGGAAACCAAAGCCUGAGAAUGUGAAAGACUUUGAUACUACAAAAAAUUUUCCAGCCUGUGCUGUGGCCUGCAGGGCCUCAACAGUGAGCUAGUAAUUUAGAUCUUAUUGAAGGAUGGCACUUAAAUGUCUGUCUCAGUGACACCAAGGUUUUCUAUGUGUAUUAUCAAGCAAGGUUCUAAGCACUUUACUUUCAUUAAGCUGUUUAAUCCUCCUAACAUGCAUAUGUGGAAGAAUAAUCCUGUGCUGUGGGUGAAAAACCUGAGGUCCAGAGAGGGUAAACCAUAGGCAGAGCUGUAAUGAGACCAGGCAGUCUGACUGCCAUCUGUGUGAUUCACCACUGCACCAAGUCUCAACGACAACUAUGGUGUUCUGUAAAUGUGCAGUUAAGUACAGAUCUCCAAUCCUUUACCUGCAAUUAUAAAAUGCAAAAACAUCCAAAAGCCAAGGGUUUUUUCCUAAUUUGGGCAUCAAACCUGACCCGAACUGAAGUGAGAUCAUUUAUACCCUUAAUUUCUUCUAGUGUGCCUUUUUGCAAUUCUCUACAGAAAUGCUAGUACAUUCAACAUCUGCCAGAUAGAAUCCUUUCUAAUAUGCAAGGAAUUGUAAAUACAUCUGACCCAAAGGUUUCAGGUAAGGGAUUAUGGACCUGUAUUA